GUGACAAACACACCCAAAAUGUGUUUUAGCGCUCGCUUGCCAACUCAUUUCCCCAUAAAACACCAAGGGUAAGAAAAAGAAAUUAUUUCUAUUUUGUACAGCAGUAUAUACGUCUUUCUCCUUUUGAGAGGCUGUACCGUAAACAGCCUGGUAUAAAGAGAACAAGCACAAGAACAGGACUUUUUUGUGUCAAUUGUUAAAGCACACCGGUGUAUUCGGAUCAGUUGAGGACAUGAUUCACUUUGUUCUUCUUAUUAGCCGGCAGGGGAAAGUGAGGUUAACAAAAUGGUAUUCACCUUAUUCUCAAAAGGAAAGAACCAAGGUUAUUCGGGAGCUUAGUGGCACAAUUCUCUCUCGAGGUCCUAAACUCUGUAAUUUUGUGGAGUGGAGGGGGUAUAAAGUUGUCUAUAAAAGAUAUGCCAGCCUUUAUUUCUGCAUGUGUAUUGACCAGGAUGAUAAUGAGUUGGAGGUCCUUGAAAUUAUCCACCAUUUUGUUGAGAUACUUGACCGAUAUUUUGGGAGUGUGUGUGAGCUGGACUUGAUCUUUAAUUUCCAUAAGGCUUAUUACAUACUGGAUGAAAUUCUAAUAGCUGGUGAACUUCAAGAAUCAAGCAAGAAAACAGUUGCACGUUUAAUAGCUGCUCAGGAUUCUUUGGUGGAGCAGGCCAAGGAACAAGCUGGUACUAUAAGUAAUAUGAUUGCUCAGGCAACAAAGUGAGAUGUUUCAUGGAUUUGGUUCAAUUUAAUCACUCUUGUACUAAUUAUAGCUCAAAGGUUGAUAUUUACCUUUAUUAAACCUUCGUACAAGUGAAAUUUUAUGUUUCAUACCUGUGUUUUUUCUUCUGUUAAACACUUUUAAGGAAAGUUUUUGACUCCAUAUAAAUGGCUCCUGGAUGGGACUAUUUAAGUGUCUUUUUCGUA